AUGUCAUGUCAGGGAUACACGGUUGGAGGUGAUUUUAAUGAAAUCCGCAAGAUCAUCGAUAUGGUGGCGGACAAAACUCGUAUUGGAGUGUGUUUGGACACGUGUCACAUGUUUGCCGCAGGCUUCGACGUCAAAACGGCAAUGGGUUAUGAAAAAGCGAUGAAUGAAUUUGGAAAAAUUAUUGGAUGGAAUUAUCUCAAAGGGGUGCAUUUGAACGACUCCAGAGGCGAUCGUGGCUGCCACCUUGAUCGUCAUGAAAAUAUAGGAAAGGGGAAAAUCGGUUUGGAGGGUUUUCGAAAUUUUAUGAACGACGUUCGAUUCGAUGAUGUUCCCAUGGUGCUCGAAACCCCGUUCAUAGAUUACACUAAAGAGAUCGAAAGUCUGUACAAACUCUUGUAG